AAAGCAGCUUCAUAAGGUGCAGAAAACUGUGACACCAGAAGGUUCUGAGUAUUGAUUAGCGAGCUUUCGUGUUUUCCUAGAACCCAAUAUCUUUAAUGGUCUCUGCUCCUUUUCUCAUACAAGCUUGAAAGAAGAACCAGAAAUUUCAAGGGAAAAGAAAAGAUGAGACUUGGAUUUGCUUCUUGGAGCUUCAUCCUAUGCACCCUACUCAUCCUUUUGAUUCUGCAAGAGGGUGGAGCUAGAAAGAUAUCCACAACAUCAAGCAGAGAAAUUGAACUGAAGGAAGCAUCCUAUAAUUUGCAGAAGUUUGCAACAGAGGGUCUUGUACUCGACAGCAUUAUUCAGCUUGAAGGCGCUGAUAUAAACUUGAAGAAGAAGAAGAAGCAUGUCCAUGAUGACGGCGAGAAUGAAAAUGAUGAUGACGACAAGAAGAAGGAGAAGGGGAAGAAAUAUAAAAGCGAAAAGAUCAUUGAAAGUGAUAAUCACAAACACAUGGCCCCUGAACUGAAUGUGUUUUUCACCCCAGAUGAUUUGAAGGUUGGGAAAAUCAUGCCCAUCUACUUUUCCAAGAAAAACUCUUCAAAGUCUCCAAAAUUUCUAACCAGAGAAGAAACUGACAAGGUUCCCUUCUCCUCAAAACACCUACCAUACCUUCUGAAAUUCUUCUCCAUCCCAAAACACUCACCCCAAGCCAAGGCUAUGAAGUAUACACUCAAACAAUGCGAAUUCGAAAACAUGGAAGGAGAAACCAAGUUCUGUGCCACAUCUUUGGAGUCCUUGUUUGAUUUUGCACACGGUCUGUUUGGUUCAAAUACACAGUUCAAAGUUCUGACCACUGUCCAUCUCACAAACUCAACAGCUGUUUUACAGAACUAUACCAUAUCAGAAGUGAAAGUGAUUUCGGUUCCAAACGUUAUAGGGUGUCACCCUAUGCCUUACCCUUAUGCAGUUUUUUACUGCCACAGUCAGCAGAGUGACACCCGUCUCUAUGAGGUGUUGGUGAAGGGUGAAAAUGGAGGAAGAGUUCAAGCUGCAGCUAUUUGCCACAUGGACACCUCUAAGUGGGACCGAGAUCACGUGUCAUUUCGCGUUCUCAAAGUUGAACCUGGAACCUCCCCUGUUUGCCAUUUCUUCCCUUCUGAUAAUCUAGUCAUGCUACCUUUAUCUGGGGCUCCAUAACUACUUUUCUGUUUUCUGUUUCUGUGUACCAACCUGGUUGUACUAGGAAAAAUGAAAAACUAGGUAUCUAUGUUAAUAAGGAUGUCUUUGUGGCGUGCUUUGGAAUAGAACGUUAAUGUAAUGCUUAUCUUCUGCGUA